GUAAAUACAACUGCUUUAAAAUGGAUAAAUCAAAUACAUAUGACUGGAAAUAAGGUGCCAGCGAGAAUAAGACUUCUAUUAUGGAUCCAGGGGUUUCCUUCCCAGGGUACCAAGGGCUUUCCAUCCUCCACGCAGAAUAGAAGACAAGUUCCCACGCAUUGUGGAGGUCCGCUCUGCCUCGUGCAUCACAGACUACUCCUCCUCCUCCGGGUACAAAUAAAGAAUAAAAUUAAAGCUUGCGUUUUGGUGACAGGCACCAUGCGCAAUGACUGAGUCUGUGCUCGGAUCCAAGUGCAGCACAGAAAUUUAGUCCGCAUCAUUCCCUGACAGCUCCCCGAGAGAGAGGAGGGAGAGAAGCAGUGCUGGAUUCUCAGACUGUGUGACAGCACAGCAUGACAGACACAGUGAUGAGCAGCAGCUCAGAUCGCUGGGGGUCCAACGACAGGCAGAGAGGCAUGCAUGGCAGUGAUAAAGAGCAGGGUACCUGGAGUAUGCAGCAGGGCCCUGGUCCUGGUCCAGACCUGACAGAUGAAGAGAAAGAAAUCAUAAACAGCGUGAUCGCCCGGGCUGAAAAAAUGGAGGCAAUGGAGCAGGAAAGAAUUGGGCGCUUAAUAAACCGCGUAGAAGACAUGAAGAAGACUGUGGUUGGGGACGGGCUGUCCCGCUGUCUGCUUUGUGGAGAGCAGCUGGGCUCACCUGGGGUCAGCUCUGUGGUGUGUGAGGACUGCAAAAAGAACAUGUGUACCAAGUGUGGUACACAGUGUAGCAGUAAACCACGCGCUGUGUGGCUAUGCAAGAUCUGCAGAGAACAGCGAGAGGUGUGGAAGAGGUCUGGUGCCUGGUUCUUCAAAGGCUUCCCCAAGCAUUUCCUGCCAUCACCCAUGCCCUUAUCUAAACCAAAAGAGACAAGAACCAAAACGGUGGCAGAGCCCCAGGAGCCACCAGCCGCUGCAACCCAGGAGGCAACAAGACAACCACAACCACCAAGUCAGAGACAGACUCAAGCUCCAGCCCCUGAGCAGCCAGCACCAGGACCGGAGCCACAAGGCCGAGCUGGUUACCCACCUGUGGCCCCUAAACCAUCAGUUGUGCGCAUGGCAGCAGGUGGGGUCGGCCCUGAAGAAGCAGGACAGGGCAGCCCAGUGGUGAUGAAAAAGAUGGUACCUGUGCAGAGCUCCAGACCUCAGCCUGCUGCAUCAGCUAGUCCGGCCCAGCAGGGUCCAGUGGCAGGAGAUGGAGGGGCCUACUUCUCUGGUGCAGCUCCUCAAGAGCAGAGAGCGCCCCCUGCAGUAAGAGAUGACAGGAGGCAGGCCGCCGCCUACAGUGCUCCUCCUGCACGGCAGCAGCCUCCCCCAGCUGAGGAGGAGGAGGAGGCAAACGACUACGACUCUGAUGAAGCCACUACUCUGGGUUCUCUGGAGUUCAGUCUGCUGUAUGAACAGGAGAGUAACAGCCUCAUCUGUAGCAUCAUCAAAGCAAAGGGACUGAAACCCAUGGAUUCAAAUGGACUGGCAGAUCCUUAUGUCAAGCUUCAUCUGCUGCCGGGGGCUAGUAAGUCUAACAAGCUGCGCACAAAGACUCUAAGAAACACCCGCAACCCUAUGUGGAAUGAGACGCUCACCUACCACGGUCUGACGGAUGAGGACAUGCAGCGUAAAACCCUCAGGCUCUCUGUCUGUGAUGAAGACAAGUUUGGGCAUAAUGAGUUUAUUGGGGAAACCCGAGUGGCGUUGAAGAAACUGAAGAUGAACCAGAAGAAAAACUUCAACGUGUGUCUCGAGAGAGUAGUCCCAACGAAGAGGACUGCAACAGCCGGUGCAGCCAGAGGCAUCGCUCUCUACGAGGAUGAGCCAGGGAAGGAGGGAGGAGAGGUGGAGGAGCGUGGUCGGAUUCUGAUGUCCCUCAUGUACAGCACCCAGACCAACCGUCUCAUCGUGGGUGUCGUGCGCUGCGUUCAUCUAGCUGCCAUGGAUGCUAACGGCUACUCAGACCCCUAUGUUAAAAUAUGUUUGAAACCUGACAUGGGGAAGAAGGGAAAGUGCAAAACACAAAUCAAGAAGAGGACUCUUAACCCAGAAUUUAACGAGGAAUUCAGCUAUGACAUCAAACACAGCGAACUGGCCAAGAAGACCUUAGACAUCUCUGUGUGGGAUUAUGAUAUUGGAAAGUCAAACGACUACAUCGGUGGCUGUCAGCUGGGUAUCACUGCCAAGGGAGAGCGGCUGAAACACUGGUACGAAUGCCUGAAGAACAAGGACAAGAAGAUUGAGCGCUGGCACACCCUGUAUAACGAGAAUCACACUGCUAGUGAUUAACCACACAUACACAGCAUGAGCUAACACCUCUCCUACCUACUUAGUUUGUAUUCUUUAAGACACUUUUCUUCUGUUUCAAUGAUUCUUCCACAUAGGUUUACUCCCUUCUUUUCUUUCCUCUUACUAGUGGUUUCUCUGCCUGUGCUUAUACUUAAUCUGCCUCCCAAACAAAUCACAGUAUAAAAGAAAUAGGAAUUUCACAAAGAGAUCUGUCAAUGUCAAGAGCUGCACAUGGACCAUCAUGCCUGUGGGUGAUGCUGUGCUUAGUGCCGACCUUGACACAUUCUUUGCUUAAGAAAUUAAAUAAUUGCACUGGCACAGAGCAAGAAUAGCAAUAUGUUAUGGCAUAUAAGGUCAAACCAACAUUUAAAGUCAUGAAAACUUCGAUUGAGCUCAUGCUUACAUUUUACUAUAUUGUCAGGGUACUUCUUUUCUUUUUUUAUCUGUCACGUGGUGACAUCAUGCUGUAGUGUAACACUUGAAAUACGCAUGCCAACUCACAGAUGUAAGGAAACAUGCAGCUGCACCUUCAAAUAUUUCACCUGUGCCCACCGUCCUCAGCAUUUUGUAUAUUCCCAUGAAGAAAUGUUUACAUACUGAUACAUUGCUCAGGUUAGGAUAGACAUCUUAUAUACAGAUGAAUCAUAAGUCAGUGGACCAUGAGCUAGAUGAUUCUUUCAUCAGUUGUUGUUAAUUUGUGUUUUGAAAUUAUAGCACACUUCGUUAAACAUUUGAAAAUUUAUGUAUGCUUCAGUCAAGCUGGGAAUCUUGAUUUGUAGAGAGUAUUUAUUGUGAUUGAGAAGCUAAAAGUGAACUUUUUUUCUUAAUCAUGGUGAGAAUCGGCAGGUAAAAGGUGUUUCCUCCUGCUACCUCUGCUCUUUUGAAGCUCGCAGUUCACUCUGACACCUCAGAGGUUUUCUACUGCAGUGUUUACAUAGAACGCACAUGGUCAGGUCUCUUACAGAAUCCCCCUUUCCAAUGAAAAAAGGCGGUACAGGUUAUGUCGUAGGUAUGUGCAGCUUUACCUGCAUGCACUGUGCUCGUGACUCUGGUGUGCCUGGGACAGCCGUGACCUGCUUUCACCCCCAAUCGCACCAUAUUGCACAAAGCAGGGCUCUUACUCCUGUGCCACGCCCCAAUCAUACGAGGCUUUAGUGUGUGUUAGUGUAUUAAUCAGCAAAGGAAGGAAAGCACACCUUACAAAGAGGAAUGACCUCAAUUUAUACAGCUGUUUGCAAGUUAUUCCAAGGUCAGAAUAAAGACAAAAACAAAAAUCCUAUGCAUGAAAUGUCUUGUGGUUCAAGAUAUAUAUUCUUUGUAAGAAAUUAAUGCUAUUGUAAUUCAUUAAUGUUUACACUCUUGCCCAUAACAUUCCUGUUAAUAGGCCAUAUACAAGAGGUCAUAUUCUGCAUGACUAUGGUGACUAUGGUGUAAUCUGAAUCGACUGCAUCCACAGGAUUUACUGAUAUCAACUGAGCACAUCAAUAAAAGACUUCAGCCAAACGUAUGAGUAGCAGACGUCGAGAUAAAUCUCACUCUUUGAAUGACUUUCUGUACAUACACAUUCAACUCUCUUAAGUGUCUUGUUUACUCUGCACAGCUUCUACACCCGCCCUGUGGCAGUGAUUCAAACACCCACCAGUAGCAUCAUGCACACGUCCCAUGUUGUGCUACUGCUGCAGUGAUCAUCAGACGAUGAUAACCAAUAGAUUUUUUAACAGGCUUCUGUCUGAGCUAAACUCACAGCUGUCUUCUACUUGAUUCUGCCAGUUCAGUGGAAUGUUUCUU